CAAUGUGACCUGCCUGAAACUUGGUCUCUCCUUUAGUCUGGAGGUUGAUGGCAGCGCAAAGGGGCGGCUGGACCAUGGGUGAUGUGGUAGAGAAGAAUUUGGAAGGACCCUUGCCACCUUCUACAGACGAUCCUGCUCCCAAAAGAGGAGAUCUAGUAGAAAUCUUAAAUGAAGACAAGGUAAAAUUUGAUGACACGGGACUCUCCUUAAUUCUGCAGAAUGGCCUGGAAACCCUGCGAGUGGAAAAUGCUCUGACAGAUGUCAUCUUGUGUGUGGACAUUCAGGAAUUCUCCUGCCACCGCGUGGUGCUUGCCGCAGCCAGCAACUAUUUCAGGGCCAUGUUCUGCAAUGAUUUAAAGGAAAAGUAUGAGAAGAGGAUCAUUAUCAAAGGGGUGGAUGCUGAGACCAUGCACACUCUUCUGGACUAUACCUACACCAGCAAGGCGCUUAUCACCAAGCAAAACGUCCAGCGGGUCCUGGAAGCUGCUAACCUCUUCCAGUUCCUGCGGAUGGUGGAUGCUUGUGCCAGCUUCCUCACAGAAGCCCUGAACCCAGAAAACUGUGUUGGAAUACUGAGGCUGGCAGACACACACUCCUUGGAGAGACUAAAGAAGCAGGUUCAGGGUUACAUCAUCCAAAACUUUGUGCAGAUUCUGAACUCAGAGGACUUCCUGGAACUUCCUGUGGACACUCUAUACCACAUCCUGAGGAGUGAUGAGCUGUAUGUGACAGAGGAGGCUCAGGUGUUCGAGACAGUGAUGAGCUGGGUCCGGCACAAACAGUCAGAGCGACUCUGCCUCCUCCCCUAUGUCCUGGAGAACGUGCGCCUGCCACUUCUGGACCCCUGGUACUUUGUGGAGACGGUGGAGGCAGAUCCUCUCAUCAGGCAGUGCCCGGAGGUCUUCCCGCUGCUCCAGGAAGCAAGGAUGUAUCACCUUUCUGGCAAUGAGAUCAUCUCAGAGCGCACCAAGCCCAGAAUGCAUGAAUUCCAGUCUGAAGUGUUCAUGAUCAUUGGCGGCUGCACGAAAGAUGAACGCUUUGUGGCUGAGGUGACCUGCCUGGACCCCCUGAGACGCAGCCGCCUGGAGGUGGCCAAGCUCCCAAUGACGGAGCACGAGCUAGAGACAGAGAAUAAGAAGUGGGUGGAAUUUGCAUGUGUGACAUUAAAAAAUGAGGUGUACAUCUCAGGUGGCAAAGAAACACAGCAUGAUGUUUGGAAAUACAAUUCUUCCAUCAACAAAUGGAUUCAAAUUGAGUAUUUGAAUAUAGGCCGCUGGAGGCAUAAGAUGGUGGUGUUGGGAGGCAAGGUGUAUGUGAUCGGAGGUUUUGACGGUCUGCAGAGGAUCAACAAUGUGGAGACAUAUGACCCCUUCCACAACUGCUGGUCAGAGGCUGCACCCCUCCUCGUCCAUGUCAGCUCCUUCGCAGCCACAAGCCAUAAGAAGAAGCUCUAUGUGAUAGGGGGAGGACCCAAUGGGAAACUGGCAACUGACAAGACCCAGUGUUACGACCCUUCAACCAAUAAGUGGAAUUUAAAGUCGCCCAUGCCGGUGGAGGCUAAAUGCAUCAAUGCAGUGAGUUUCCGGGACCGCAUCUAUGUUGUUGGUGGGGCCAUGCGGGCCCUGUACGCCUACACGCCUCUGGAGGACAGCUGGUGCCUGGUGACCCAGCUCAGCCAUGAGCGGGCCAGCUGUGGCAUCGCACCCUGCAACAACCGGCUCUACAUCACAGGGGGCCGGGACGAGAAGAAUGAGGUCAUCGCCACCGUGCUGUGCUGGGACCCUGAGGCCCAGAAGCUGACAGAGGAGUGUGUCCUGCCCCGGGGGGUGUCGCACCACGGCAGUGUCACCAUCAGGAAGUCGUACACACACAUCCGGAGGAUCGUGCCAGGCGCCGUGUCUGUCUGACCCUGGAGCCCAGCGCCAGCCACUUGGGGAGCCGGGCAGCUGGGGGAGACUGUCCUACUUCUCACUGUCCACCCCCGUUCAGACUGCAGGCUGAGCUUGAGUUUUAAAUUCCCAGUGAUUCCACCCCUUGGAGGGGCUGCUUGGAAGCCACACUUUGGGGAUACUUGAGGCCAGCCAGGAUGUUUUCAUGACCUACCUCAGGAGGGAAGAAAUGAUAUUUUACCCAAAAAACCUACAAAAACCUGUCUUAUGCCAAGCCUUUUUGCAUAUCAUUUCAUUUUACUGGUGCAGUGACAUGCUGACAGUGUUAUAGGGCAGCCCCAAUACAAAAUGGGGUGCCUAACUGUGGGUCCUCACCCGCACGCUUAAAAGGACUUAUCAAUUCUCUACUGCAGGCACACGCGAAAGGUUAAUAAAAGGUUUAUUUACAAGGGAAGGGCAAAUGAGGAAAUGUACACCUCAGGGAGAAAAGUGGGAGACAAAGUUUUAAAUGAGUCCUACCCGAUCCUCCGAUCUGGAAUCCCAAAUGGCACUGGCCGCGAGCCACCAGCCGUGAAGCCAGGAGGCAAGCGACAGCGAGCCACCCCAAGGCCCACGUGUCUGGUUUUUAUACCCAACCUGGCUGCUUAACUCCACCCUCAGGUCCCAGCCACCCUCCCUUUGGUGGUGACGGGAUUUGUCUUUCCCAAUGUCUUGAUGGCUUUAGUCUGGAGUGGGAGUGGGGUCCACAAAGCCUGUAUGGGAUUAGCUCAGGACAUCUUUUCCCCCUAACAACAGGAUAUUAUCACCCUUAUUUUACAAGUGAGGAAACCAAGUUUCAGAGAGGCAUCUUGAUUUACCCCAUGUCACUUAGAGUACAAGUGGUUAAGCUAGGAGUCUAAAUCCAGAUUUUUCGGUUUCAAAAUCAGGGCCCUUUCUGUCUUGCUGUCUAUUCCAAGGCAGGAAAAAGGCAAACAGCUGGCUCAGUUUUGUUCUGGCAAGUUCUUUAAAGGAUUCACUCAGCAAAACACGGAAAUCAAGGUGUUUCUUUUUCCUCUGCUUUUCUUUUUUUCCCUUAUUUUGAAGCC